AUGCUCCGAGGACUCCGGGGUACACUCGCUUCUGCCAAUCUCGGACUCAGGAACUUCUCGACGACAGCAAGCAACAUGGUUCUCCGCGUCGGCUGGCACCGCGAGCACUUCCUCUCGCCCCUCCUCCAGCUCGCUGAGCAGGAUGGAGGGAAGACGUUCACCCUCGUCGAGUGCCCGGGCGGCACCGGCGACAUGCAGGCCAAGCUGAAGAACGAUGAGAUUGAUGUGUGCAUUGCUUUGACUGAUGCUCUGACCGCCGGUAUCGCGAACGGGCAGAAGUCUUACAAGCUCGUCGGACGGUAUAUUUCGUCGCCUCUGCGCUGGGCUAUUAUCACGGGCAAGGACUCGAAGUACCAGACCGUCGACGACCUGAAGGGCACGACGUUUGGUAUCUCGCGUCUCGGAUCGGGAUCGCAGGUUAUGGCUAGCGUUCUCUCGCUGAAUGAGGGAUGGAGCCAGGCGGACCAGCCGCAGUUCAAGGUUGAGGGUCAGUUCAAGCCGCUGCGCGACUCCGUCAACCGGGGCGACACCUCUGUUUUCCUGUGGGAGUGGUUCACGACCAAGCCGUACGUCGACAGUGGUGAGGUGCGCUUCAUUGGCAGCGUGUACACGCCGUGGCCGUGCUGGUCGAUCGCUGCCUCGCCGAACGCCGACAAUAAGGAAGUCUCUUCCUUCCUUGAGGCUCUCCAGCCUUACGUGCGCAAGUUCGACUCGGAGGAGUCGCGUGCCGGCCCUGCGGUUGAGUUCGUCGCCAAGACCUUUGGCCAGCAGCCUGAGGACGUCAAAGAGUGGCUGAAGUCGGUCAAGUGGGAGCACAACCUUGACGAGGUGUCCGAAGGAGUUCUCAAAACCACUCUCGAGACACUCGAGAAGGCCGGUGUCGUCAAGGACGCCAAGUACGACAUCAAGGACUUUGUCAACACCGAUGUCGCCAAGGUCGUUGCUUAG